CGGAGGCGAUCGUAUGCGAUUAGAGAUUACUGGUACUUCUCAAUCAGUUACGUCAAUGAGGCUUAGAUACAGAACAGCGGCGAGGAUAACUGCUCAAAGGAGAGCGAGCGAGAGCGAAGAAGAGGACAAGAGCGAAGGUUCUGCAGAGAUGGAGGUCGAUAACGAGGGAGAAGAAUCCGAAGAACCCGACAAGAUAUUAAUUAUAGAUCCUGAUAGCGAGGAGUUGGAUUUUAAUCAUUCAAAACUGACAAAGUUAGAAAAUCUGGAACCAUUGACACAGAUACGCAGAUUAUGCUUCACAUGGAACUUGAUUAAAAAGAUAGAAAAUCUUGAUAUGCUCACCACUUUGGUAGAACUAGAAUUAAGGGAUAAUCAAAUUGUGACUAUAGAGAAUCUGGAUGCUCUUGUGAAUUUAGAACUCUUGGACUUAUCAUUUAAUCGUAUCAAAAAGAUAGAAGGAUUGGAUAAUUUAUUGAAUUUACAAAAAUUAUUCUUAUCUUCAAAUAAGGUUUCUCAUAUAGAAAAUGUUUCACAUUUGGUAAAUCUUACAACACUUGAAUUAGGUGAUAACAAGAUACGUGAAGUCGAGAAUCUGGAGGGUCUCCAAAAACUAACUAAUUUGUUUCUUGGUAAGAACAAAAUUACUAAGAUCCAAAACUUGGAGAACCUGCAGGGACUCACGUUGUUGAGUCUACAGAGUAAUCGUAUUACGAAAGUUGAGAAUAUCGAGGAAUUAAGAAAUUUAGAUCAGUUGUACUUAUCUGAGAAUGGCAUAACGUGUAUAGAAGGCAUAGAAAACUGUCCGGGAUUAACAACGUUGGACCUAGCUAAUAAUAAAAUUAAGAAAAUUCAGAAUAUAGAUCAUCUUGAAGAUCUGGAGGAGUUCUGGAUGAACAACAACGAGAUCGAAGACUGGAACACAUUGGAGAGUUUAACAGCCAACAAGAAAUUGCGAACUAUAUAUCUGGAGCACAAUCCUGUCGCAAAGGAUCCAAAUUACAGGAGAAAAAUCAUGUUACUACUGCCAUGGCUCGAGCAGCUGGAUGCAACUCUGUGUAAGAGGAAGAUAUGCUAACAGUGACAAAGUUAACAAUAAGUAAAGCGUAUUGCGCUCACGACUAUAGAAUAGCAUAAAUUGUUUAUAGAAAAAUCAGUCCAUGUGGUUUUCGUUCAUAUGAUGAACGGAAAAACAAAACCGCAUCGUUGUUAUUUACUUCCGUUUAUAGCUUCGGAUGUUACGUGUCUUUGUAGAGACGUUAUAAUAUGUAGCUUGACGCUAAUACCUAUACACUCAAUAUGUAUUCAAAUGGUAGUCUAUUAGCGAACCGAUCAAUGUUGGAAUUCCACUUGUGAUUGUUCGCGUUUCUCCAAAACUCUAUUAUUUAUAUCACAAAGAAGAUGUUGAUGAUACUCGAUACUUGCGUUUCGUUCUAUAAUGAGCUACGAAGAACAGAAUGUAUUCCAAUCCUAAUAUAUGUAUAUUUCUGCUAUCUAAUUUAAUCAUACUAUUAUCUACUGUUGUAUUAUGCACUUCCACUAAAAUUUGUUCAGCUCAAUCUAUCUGUAUUGGUUAAUAACGAUGAGAAGAUUUAUAAAUAUUUCCUCAAUACUGUUGAUAGUGCUAGGCGUGGUGACCUCUCUCUCUCUCUCUCAUAUGUCUGUGAUGCUGAUUACACACAGACAUAUGGGAACUUAUAGUUCAACGUCGAACGGCGAUUUGUAGACAACUCUCUUGGCAAGGAUACUCGGUGCUUUGCUAUUGCUUUCCGAGAAGAGACAGGAGCGUAUAAAAAAAAUAUUUGUCUCUGCGAGGAAUCGAACCUGAUGUCUAUAAAGUAUAGUAGGCCAAUGCACUGCCUACUAUACUAUGUUAGCGCUUGUCGGAUAUACAUUUUUAAGUAGUGUUUCAAAUUAUCUACAAGAUAAUUCUUUUUCUCCCUCUGAAGUACUUCCUUUUGAUAGUAUUAUUAUUAAGAAUUAAUAUAUUGUAAAAAUAAUGAUCUUACAUAUUUUACAGCGGCAUAAAAAUGCAGCUUUUUGUAAUCAUCACUUUGUUGAUCCUAUAAUAAUUAUUGCUAAAAUGUAUAAUAAUUAUUUGAAUUUAUAUCAAUAAACAAAUGUUAAAUGUCUCAAUUGUACACUGUUAAAAUCAUUCGACUUUAUAAAACAAUAGAUAUGAGACUGCACGUUGAAAAAUUCGUUUUGAAACGGUCUUAAAUCUUUAAUAAUAAUUUAAUGAUCGUAGUAGUUGCUCAACAACGUGAGUCCCUGCAGGUUCUCCAAGUUUUGGAUCUUAGUAAUUUUGUUCUUACCAAGAAACAAAUUAGUUAGUUUUUGGAGACCCUCCAGAUUCUCGACUUCACGUAUCUUGUUAUCACCUAAUUCAAGUGUUGUAAGAUUUACCAAAUGUGAAACAUUUUCUAUAUGAGAAACCUUAUUUGAAGAUAAGAAUAAUUUUUGUAAAUUCAAUAAAUUA